GAGUUAUUUUCUGCCUUGUUCUUCCUCAUACUUCUCAUUAUUGUGAAACAGGAUAGCAAUAAUCAUACUUAGUAUUUUAUUGAUUUGAACGAGUUUGUUAGCCUCCACUGGUUGAGGCUUAGAUUUUUGUCAUGGCUGGGAUCACUAGACCUCUAAUUUUCCCUUUCUCAUUGAGCAAUUCAAUAUUCAGGAGUAUAGACAAAAAAAGUGUCCUUCACCCCAUGAAAAAGUCCAUACAACCUUUUGGGCUUCAAGAUAAUCACCUUCCAUUCUCCGGAUUGACAAAGCCAUUUUCAUUUUCAACGUCUUGGAUUCAUGAUUGUUGUGGCAAUCAAGUUCCAGUACCAAACAGUGGUAGAGGUGAUAUAAGAAAGUUUAUGUCCAUGGCUGGAGGGUCAUCAUCCCAGAUGGAGAAGCAGUGCAGAGAUCAACAUGAUGUUAUACCUGGCUUACGCCAUACUGUAUGGGAUCAACAGGAUUUGAGACCCAAGUUCCCUAAGAUUGAGAAGGAUGAAAGCGCAGAUGUAGUGGUAGUGGGAGCUGGUAUUGCAGGAAUAAGCUGUGCCUACAACCUUGUCAAGGAAGGCAAAAGUGUUGUACUUCUUGAAGCCAAAACUAGAGGUAGUGGAAUGAGUGGGAGAACCACAGCUCACUUGAUGCUAUGGUAUGAUGACUUCUACUUUCAACUAGAAAAGGACCAUGGUUUUGAUAUAGCCAAAAUUGUAGCUGAGAGUCACAAGAGAGCCAUUGACUUCAUAGAAACCACCGUCAAGGAAGAAGGAAUUGACUGUCAUUUUUAUAGACUGGAUGGGUAUCUUUUCCCACAUGAUAAUUCUACAGAGGCUAUGGAUCUUCUUAUAAAGGAAUUCGAAGCCUGUAAAAGAGUACGUUUGGAUGUCAAAAUGGUGGAAUUGGGGAAUGAUCCUGCAUAUGGAAAAGUUGGAAAGGCCAUUCAGUUUCCAAAUUCAGGAGAAUUUCAUCCUCUCUUGUUUUUGAGCCAGUGGAUCAUCUAUCUUAUUGGACCUAAUCCACCAUUGCAUGAUUGUUACAUUAUAACAGGUGACAGUGGUCAAGGAAUGACUGGAGGAACCAUUGGAGGUAUUUUAAUUAAAGACAUGAUAUUAGGCCAUCCUAAUCCUUGGGCAAAAGCUUAUGAUCCAGGAAGAACCCCUCCUAUAUCAAAGAAGGUAGGAGAGAAGAUGGGAGAGGAGACUUCACAUACUAUUCAUGGAUACAAAGAUCGUAUUCCUUUCAUGGGAACAGAUUCAAUCGACAUUGAAGACAUGCUGCCAAACAGUGGAGGAGUUAUUCAAAAGAAUAUGCAAAAGAUGGCAGUCUACAAAGACGAGAAUGGGGUGGUUCAUAAAUUCUCAGCUGUGUGUCCACACAUGAAAUGCAUAAUAAAAUGGAACCCGAUAGACUCCACGUUCGACUGUCCCUGCCAUGGAUCCAUGUUUGAUAAUUUAGGAAGAAUAAUCAAUGGACCUGCUAAGGCAGACCUGUCUCCUUUUGAAUAAAAAAUGCUUAUAUAUGCUUUACAGCAUUAUGGUGGAACGCUAAUAUUUUACUUAUACAGAGAACUACUACGCUGGGGGUGUUUAUAGAAAUUCUGAGCUUACAUGAAAAUGUAUACAUUAUUUUAGCUAUUGGACCCAAUUACACUAGCUUUACAUAUAUACCAUUGUACUAGAAAUUAAAGUUCUUAUAAGAAGCCACUAAUCAUUGCAGGCUCUUUUGAACUUUUGAACAAGGAGAAUGUAUUGAGGAGCUUCAAUUUGUGAGCAUGAAAAUAUGUGUAAAGUUAUUGCUUUAA